AUGGCAUCCCCAUUCUCGUUGGACCAAUCACAACCCCGUCAUCAUCCCGUUACCGGGAUUGAGCUCUACCACUCUGCCUUUCCCCUAUUCUAUGAUCAAAAAAAUCAAGUUGAAGUCGAUAAACAGGGGGUUAGAUCACAUAUUGGAUUCUAUCUGUUACCUACAUGUGACGAUACCAGAUUGUGUUCGUCCAAAGCUCAGAAAUGGAGGUGUAUGAGCACCCAUUGUUCUCCAUCUACAGAAGAUGCUAACGUAACCAUGAACAGUUUACCAAAAAAAGGAAAGAAGGCAUGUACUAUGUGCCGCCAGCAAAAGGCUAGAUGCGAUGUCUGGCGAGAUGAGACUGUACCGUGUUCCCGAUGCCGUAAGCGCAGCCUCGAGUGCACCAUAGAUGAUAGCUUCACAAGAGAGCACAAGCGUCGCCGAUACAUCGCACUAGAACACGAGAAUGAACAAUGGCGCCAACAACUCCAGACCUCCCAGCAGCUGAACGCCGAUUCCGUGCCGAUUGCGUUAUCCACAGCGACAACGGAACUAGUGAUGCCGGCCUUGCUGAAAACAGAUUCUCAGUUGGACGAUUCGCAGGGUUUGUCGCUGGCAUAUCCCCAAUAUCAUCUUGCACCAGCCGGUUCCACACCGGGUUCGACGAUGGGAGUAAAUGACCCCACAAAGCCCCGUUCACUGAAAAGUGUUACCGUUACAGGUCCAGAGAUCGACGACCUGUAUCAAUUGUAUAUGCUCCUACAAGAUUCUUAUGAUAACAGCAUGGUUCUAACAUCUUCUAGGUUCUUCGGCCACUAUGCCUCGUUCCUCCCGAUCCUCGAUGCGCAGACCAAGCCCAAUGCGUACUAUGCACAGUCUCCAUUCCUAUUCUGGGCCGUCAUCGGUGUCUCCAGUCGGUCAUACUCCAGAAACCCGACUUUACAGACGGCACUGGCCAAGGAGGUCACGGAAAUGGCACUUCUAUCGGUCAUGUCGACGUGCGCACCAUGGUACACCAUACAGGGACUGUUGCUCCUGCUAACAUGGCCGUUUCCAAAGGAGAAUCGCCCAGAUGUGACAUUCCCUCUAAGUGGAAUGCUUUUGCAUAUAGCGAUGCAACAUGGUUUCCAUAUCCCAAUGUCGAGCCAUGAAUUUUCCCGAGUGAAGAUCCCGGUAUCAUCUGAAUUGGAUAUGGUCCGACGCUCUGAACUCUGGGCUCAUUGUGUCCUAGUCUACCAACGGUCUUGUGUGAUCAAAGGGCAGUCUCCGCGAAACCUGGUCAGUUUAGCCCACGAUGCCAUCCAACGCCAGGUGCUAUUUGAUAAGAUUGCUCUACACCUAGUUCAAAAGCUUAGAUGCCAGGAAGUCGUUGGGAAAUGCAGCGAGGCAGUUAUGGAGAAUGGAGUUCGUGCCAUGUCUCUGGAUCAGGAGCUGGCGUUAGACGUUUUGCUGCGGAAGUUUGAAGGAGAGGUAGACGACAUUGCAUUGCAAGCAGUAAUCGACGACAAGGGGUAUCACCUUAUCCUUUGCCGAAUGGCAAUUCAAAGCUUCCACUUCUAUAAAAACCAAACACUUGUCUCCAGUGGGUGUCUUCCACGUCUUAUCGCCACCGCUUGCAACUUGAUAGAUUAUGUUCAAGCGCUGGCGGAUCGCAUGGGAUCUCUCUUCAUGGCACCUGUUCAAAUAAGCUUUGGUCUACUCUUGGCUUCGAUAUCGCUGUUGCGGAUUCUCAAAAGCGAUUAUGCCACCAGCGGACUCGAUACAAGUCGUGCCCAGGCCUCCUUCUUCGCCACGAUCAAUUUGGCCAAGCAAAUGUCCACCGACAGGAGCGAUACACCUGCUAAAAUGAUCACGGUCUUAAAUCAACUCUGGAAUAGCAGCAAGGCAUUCCGCAAAGCCGACGGCUCGGAAUACACGACGCUUCGAAUUCGCAGUCGCUUGAUCCUUAGUCAGAUCCUGGAUGCUGUCUGGUGGUGGCGUGAUGAAUAUGACCCUAACGCGCGCAAUCGAAUCCAAGGGACCGAGUACGUUGACGGGGCCUCUUCCCAACCCAAUAUGCUUUCGGGCAUCGAGGCAGGGCGCACUACCAUGGUAGCAGAUCCCGCUCGGGAGCCCGCGGGUGGGAUUCUUCAGAACGCGGGUCCUCUGCAAGGAGAGUUCCAGAUCAACGAGGAUUACUUUACCAACUUUGAGUGGCUGAGUGAUGAACUCUUCUCUUUUCCCCCGGAUUCGUCGUUAGGAAACACUCUACCGUGA